AUGCUAGUUUUUGUUUGCGUUUUGUUGGUUGUUGUUCCUGUUUACUCUGUGAAUUAUGGUAUUGAUUGGAGUCAAGGAGUCAAUUAUGAUACUUGGGGUUCAGAAAAGACUAUCAAUGUUGGUGAUACUCUUGAGUUCAAGUACGGUGCAUCUCACAGUGUAGUAGAAGUGAGCUCAGAUUACUACAAUGCAUGUUCAUACAGUAACACAGAUCAAGUGCACACAGACAUGGACACAACCAUCACUCUCUCUACACCAGGGACUCACUACUUCAUCUGUGGAACACCCGGCCAUUGUUCCGGUGGCAUGAAGCUAGCCGUCUCCGUCUCCGGCUCGAGCUCUGGUAGCCCUUUGACACCGUCUCCUCCGGCCGGGGAUGGUUCGAACAAUUCACCAACACCACCUUCUUCUUCUUCUUCUCCUCCGACGAAUAAUUCUUCUUCUCCGGCAUCUCCGGCGAAGAAGAAUGGUGGUGCAAUGUUGAGAGUUGAUGCUGCUUUUGGUUAA